GACUGAUGGCUUCAACUAUGGUAAUGAGUUGGUGGCUGCUGAACAUAUAAGCCUCGAGUUCUUUACUUCACUCUCGACGGCAUCACGGCACAACGACUCUCCAUCUCUGAAGAUCUUUAACUAGCAGCUUUGGUCUUAUUGGUUGAGUAUUUUCCUAUCCACUACUUGUGUUUGAUACCGAGAGAAACCUCUUCAGAUGAAGUCCACAAGCAGUGCUCUGUUGGACUUGGAGGGUGAAAGCAAAAGCUCUCCCUCAUCCUUUGAAUCAAAACUUUUGUUCUGCAACGGAGGGAGUGAUCUCCAGUCACGAAUUUCCAAAUUUAAUCCGACUGUGAAGAAGCCUGAGAUCUCUUCAACUUCCCAGAGCCAAGUUCUAGACAAGGUCAAGAAUUUCCUGGGAGUUCUAUCAGAAGCAAACAAAAAACUGGAGGUUGAUGCGAAGAAAAAUCCUAAAAAGUAUGAUAUAGAAGAACUCACUAGGGAGGAUUCUGAAUACAUAGAAAUGAAUUUAAUAUUGGGUGUUGCAGAGGUUUAUUCCUUUGAGGCUGUUGCUGCUGCUGAGUCUGCCAUAGCUCGUCAGCAACCACUGAUUCCAUUAGCUUCAAUCAGUAGCGCAACCACCGAUGUUGAUGACAGUAGCAACGAAGAUGGUCAUUGACCUCUCACAGCUCUAUUGGUCCUUGGGGUGUUGGAUAAAUAGUAUUUUUUUAUUUUUACUAAAUAGUUAUGGCAUGUUGUUACUUCUUUGAGUGUGCGCGCUGAUGUGAUGCAACUAAGCUGUAAGUAGGGAAGUAUUGAUGCUGGGGUUUAAACAAAUGGAGACAGUUGACAGAAAUAGAAAAAAAUGGAUAACAAAGAUCCAAGCAAUAGUGACGUAAAGCACCAAAUGUUUAGUCUGGUGAUAUUUACCUUAGUGCCAGGACCAAAGUCCCUAUUUACCUUUGCCAUUAUUUCCAUCCCCAGAUAACCCUAUACCAUAAUAUUAAAAUAGCAGUAGUAAUAAUGAAAAUGGAUAAUUUUGCAAAAUGUGUUGCUGACUCAGUCAUUGUCAGUUUGAUCAACCAAUGGGCGACAUGUCCAAAUUUUUUUAACCUUUCAAUCAAGUCCAAGAAGUUUCCUUUAGCUUAUGGUGAUCAAUAAAAUAUAAGAAAAUCAUCAAAUUUUUGAAAGAGUCUCCUUCAUCAAUAACUUUAAGAACAUGAAACACAUUUAUAUGGAGUUUUAGCAGUUGAUAUGGUCAACACAGAAACCUGAUGAAGAAAACAAACAAAAGCCAAAUGCAGAGUUUCCAACAAGACUUAAUCAUUGAUUACUCUGCUGGACCUAGAAAACAUCAUCACAAGUUUGGCUCUUCCUUCAAAAGUGUCAAGAAAAAGCUAAGUGAUACUUUCUCUGCACUUGUGUUUUGGCAGAAGAAAGCCAAUUCUGAGACCAACAAAAGUCAAAGUCCAGAGAGGGAGGUCUCCACAUCAAAAGGUAGUAACUCUUCCGGAAGCAAGAGGGGAAUUUUGUUGAAACCCCAAUACUCUAAUUCCCAUAGAACUUCAAUGGCUACCAGGGAGCAGCUAGGUACAUUCGAGUUCUCGUUUGAUGAAAUUUGCCAGGCGACUGGAAAUUUUUCUGCAGUACACAAGAUUGGUGAAGGUGGGUUUGGGACAGUAUACAAGGGAAAGCUUAAGAAUGGAUUCCCUGUUGCUAUUAAGCGCGCUAAGAAGGAUUUGCGAGUGUUAGCAGAAUUCAAGAAUGAAGUCCAGGCAUUGUCAAAGAUUGAGCAUCUAAAUCUUGUUAGAUUUUAUGGAUUUCUGGAGCUCAGAGAUGAGAGGAUUAUUGUUACUGAGUAUGUCAGCAAUGGAACACUUCGAGAACACUUGGAUGGUAAGAAUGGAACCGAGCUUGAAGUUGCUGAGCGUUUGAGCCUUGCGAUUGACGUAGCUCAUGCUAUUACCUAUCUGCACUCGUACACAGAUCCUCCAAUUAUCCAUAGAGAUAUAAAAGCUUCUAACAUACUCAUCACAGAAAAUCUCCAUGCUAAAGUGGCAGACUUUGGAUUCGCACGAUUAGCUGCUGAAGAUCCCUGUGCUACACAUAUUUCUACACAAAUAAAAGGGACAGCCGGCUAUUUAGAUCCUGAGUACUUAAGGACAUACCAGCUUACUGAAAAGACUGAUGUCUACUCCUUUGGUGUUUUGCUUGUGGAGAUGAUGACAGGAAGACAUCCCAUCGAAACAAAUCGAAACCUUGAUGAGAGAGUGACGAUAAGAUGGGCGAUGAGUAUGCUAAAACAUGGGGAUACUGUAAUAGCAAUGGAUCCAAGAUUGCGGAGAAGCCCAGCAUCUAUUGAGGCUGUUGAAAAAGUACUCAAACUAGCUAGACAAUGCCUUGCACCUUCCAGACUGGCGAGACCAGCUAUGAAAAAAUGCGCAGAGGUACUAUGGGGAAUUCGAAAACAAUUCAUAGAGAAAAGUAUCCCAAAAUCUUCAACCUCUAGCCACUCGGUAAACUUUCUGGACAGAAAUGCAAAAAGGGAUUGGGAGGAUUUAUACACAGUUAACUAUAGCAAGAACUAUAGAUUUGGUUCCACUUGACAAACUUUAAGUCCAUGUAUAACAGUGCUUCAAGUAUGAUUUAUCAUCAAAUUAGACUACUGAUUCCCUGUAGA